AUGCAGGCUGCGGCCGGGCUGCCGCUGCUGCUGCUGGGGCUGGGGCUGGCUUGCACCGUGCACGGGCUCUGCUCGCCGGCUGUGUUCUACAGAGACUGUUGGAUCCGCCGCUUCCCAGGGAUGCUCCUGGACCUAGAGGAAUCUCAGAGGCUGGGGGCCCAGUUCCUCAAGUACUACUCGGAGAGUACCGGCCAGAAGUGCAGCCGGAGCUGCUGUCUCAGGAAGGAUGUUUCCUGUAAUGUGGCUGUCUUCUUCCAUGAUCCCAUCCACAACAAUGUCAACUGCCUCCAUGUCCACUGCCCAACUUUGGAGAGCUGCAUCCUGGAGCCUGGGACCAGUGCCAUUCUGUACAAUAUAACAGCAGGCAUAGAUCCAGAUUUGCUGGUUUUUGAGCAUCCAUCCCCCACAUACCCAAACAGCCGCACCUCGUCUGAUUGGUGGGAUAGACUUCGAAUUCUAAAAGCUCUGAACGUAGGUAAUAAAGGACUGUACACAGAUGAAACAAAGCACAUGCUGCUGUCCACAGAGGCUGCUGUAUCAACUACAUACCAAGAUCUGGGUGCAAACACAGGUAUCAGUUAUUCCAGGAAGUCAACCACAGAUCUGGGGAUAAGAUUCAUUUCUGUGAAUGUGUCUCCUGCUACCAAGGCCAACACGGAGUUACCAAGCACAGACUUCACCCACAGUCCAGAUAACAUGACUAUUUCUCCUUUCUUUGGACCCACAGACACAAAAGUUUCUCAGGUGCCCAGCCAAUCCCGACUCAACAUUAGCAAACAAUCACCGAUCAAAACAAAGGGGUCCCACAGUGGAAACCACACAGCUGAGGAAGAAGUGCCUCAGGAUGGAGCACCAGUGACCACAGGGGCUUGGCUGGCUUCUGUGGCCCUGGGCGCUGCCAUCAUCUGCCUCUGCUGCUGUGUGGUCAUCAGGGCAUCCAGAUGCUGCAGAGAGCAGCAGGGCUGCUAUCGCCUGGGACAGCAGAGGUCAAGAUAAUACACUGAAGGAGAGUUCCUAAAAGCUGGAGCCAGGCUAUGGGCUUUGAG